AAUAAUACCAGAUAAUAUUUCGCAUAAUAUUUUGUCUGAUUUUGUCCAAUUUUUUAACUACGACUUAGUUUGAACGUUGUAUGAGAAAAAGCAAGAGAAAUAGACAAAUACAUUAAUUUUUCAUUCAUGGUGUUUAACUUAAACCGAUUGACUGUUAGAAAUUUAACUUAAGAAUGCAACAACUGAUUUUCGCGGAAUGUCAUUUUGGCGCGAAAUGUUCACGUGUUGGACAGUGUUGUUGUAAACGUACAGGUAACAGAAAAUCACGAUUAUUUUUGCGCUGAUCUUUAAGAAAUGGCAUUGGAUUCUGAGCAAUAUUUGAGGACGAUUCAACGAGAGUACCUUGACUUCAUUGAUGACGAUGAUGAUCAGAGCGUUUACCAUGGGAAGAUAGGUGACAUGAUUAAGAAAGAAAAAUGCCGAGUUAUUGUCAACAUCAAUGAUCUUCGACGUAAGAACGAGAAGAGAGCGAAAAGUCUUCUUGCAGAGUCGUUUGAAGAAUUGAUUGCUUUUCAAAAUGCACUUAAAGAAUUUGUCAGUUCAAUUGAUGCCACAUACUCCAAGAAAUUUGAGGAAUUCUUUGUGGGCUUUGAAGGAAGCUUUGGUGCUAGACAUGUGACACCACGGUCUUUGACCUCAGGAUUUCUUGGUAAUAUGAUCUGUGUUGAAGGAAUUGUAACAAAAUGCUCUCUUGUAUGGCCAAAAGUUGUGCGAAGUGUUCACUAUUGCCCUCGCACAAAGAAGACAUUAGAACGGCGUUAUACCGAUUUGACAUCUUUGAAUGCAUUUCCAAGCAGCACAGUCUACCCUACCAAGGAUGAUGAUGGAAAUCCAUUGGAGACGGAGUAUGGUCUCUGCAAGUUUAAAGAUCAUCAAACAUUCACAAUUCAGGAAAUGCCUGAAAAAGCUCCUGCUGGUCAGCUGCCUCGCUCUGUGGACAUUAUAGUCGAUAAUGACUUAGUGGACAGUUGCAAGCCUGGGGAUCGCGUACAAGUUGUUGGUACGUUUCGUAGUCUUCCCUCAAAACGCGGUGGCUUUACAUCUGGUUCAUUCAGAACGAUUGUUAUUGCAAACAACAUUAAGGUUUUGAGCAAGGAGGUCGCUCCCAUCUACACAGCUCGAGACGUAUCCAAAAUCAAAAGGCUAAGCCGACAUAAAAACGAUGUUUUCAACGUGCUUGCUAACUCUCUUGCUCCCUCCAUACACGGACAUGAAUACAUCAAGAAAGCCGUGUUGUGUCUUCUUCUUGGUGGAACUGAAAAAAUUUUGGAAAACGGAACAAGACUUAGAGGCGACAUCAAUAUCCUCUUAAUUGGUGACCCGUCAACUGCAAAGUCUCAAAUGCUACGUUAUGUGUUACAUUCGGCUCCCAGAGCGAUUCCGACGACUGGACGAGGAUCCUCCGGAGUUGGCCUUACAGCAGCCGUGACAACUGAUCCCGAAACAGGCGAUAAAAGAUUGGAGGCUGGAGCAAUGGUCCUUGCAGACCGUGGGAUUGUCUGCAUCGAUGAAUUUGACAAGAUGAGCGAUAUUGAUCGUACAGCAAUCCAUGAAGUCAUGGAACAAGGAAGAGUGACGAUAUCUAAAGCUGGUAUUCAUGCUAAACUGAAUGCAAGAUGUUCCGUUCUUGCUGCUGCUAAUCCUGUUUGGGGACGGUACGAUCAGUUUAAGAAUCCCAUGGAUAACAUUGGCAUGCAAGAUUCACUUUUGUCUCGAUUUGAUUUGCUUUUUAUUGUUCUCGAUCAGAUGGAUCCAGAAAACGAUCGUCAAAUAUCAGAACAUGUUUUGCGCAUGCACCGAUACAGAGCACCGGGGGAACAAGACGGUGAAGCUUUGCCAUUUGGAGUUGCUAGUGAUACUUUAGCAACUGAGGACCCUGAUAUUGUCGACGGAGAUACAGAAACUCAUGUUUACGAAAAACACGACAAACUUUUACACGGCGAUCGCAGUGAAAGAAAGGAUAAAAUAGUUUCGUUGGAAUUCAUGCGAAAAUACAUUCAUGUCGCUAAAAUUAUAAAGCCUGCGUUAACCAAAGCCGCUGCAGAUAAAAUUGCCAAUCAAUAUUCUGAACUUCGCGACCAGGAAACUAUUAGCAAUGAAAAGGCAAAGACAAUGCCCGUCACAGCCCGUACAUUGGAAACAAUGAUUCGACUAUCAACUGCCCAUGCUAAAGCAAGAUUAAGUAAAACUAUUGAUGAGGUUGAUGCUGAUGCUGCCAUCAACAUGGUAUCGUUUGCCUAUUUCCACAAAGUUGCCAAAAAAGACAAACGAAAACGCAAAGCCAGUGAGGAAGAAAGCGACGAAGAAGACGUGAAUUUUGAUCCAAAAAAUGGUUCUCGAGGAGAAACAACUCACACGCGUGAAUCGAAGCGUCGACGUAAGCCUUUGAGAAAGGAUAGCGAAGAGAUAGAUCCUUAUGAGUUUGAAGAUGAUGAUGAUGGAUUAAGGAAACCUACAGAUGUUGUUGAUGAAAUGAAGAAAAAACGACAAUCUUCGGAUAGAAUGGAUGAAACGACGGAAGAGGCAGUCGAAGUAGGAACCGAAGAACCACUUUCAGAGCAACGCUUGAAUAGCUUUAAGACGUUGCUUCAAAAGGGAUUUGCUGCUACCCACGUACAAUCUCUAUCGAUUGAAGACGUCAACUCUAUCGUGAAUGAAGACUCAACCCAAUUUUCUCGUGGUGAAAUUCGCUCUGCACUAAAUUCCAUGAUGGAAGCUAAUCAACUUAUGGUGUCAGAUGAUCGUGUCUUCCUCAUUUAGCAGUAUUUGGCUUCUCUUUUAUGGAUUUUCAUUAUGUGAAUCAGCUAUAAUGUGAAACUGAUUAUAAAAAUACAUGCGACGCCACUUAAUUCCUUGUACUUCCUCAAUUUUUUUACUGUACAGCUCGUAUAAUCUCUUUAUCUGAUAUGUUCUUACGUAUGAAUAUCACUCAUUUUGUCUGUGAUGA